AUGACUGUGGUCUCUGAGUUUUUCCUUUUAGGAUUUCAAAUUUAUAGAGAUUUAAGAAAUUCUCUGUUCUUUCUUCUCCUGGUGAUUUACUGUGGGACAAUAUGUGGGAAUCUCCUGAUCAUCGCCCUGGUGUCCACCAGCAAGAACCUCCACACCCCAAUGUACUUCUUCAUCUCACAUCUUUCCAUCAGUGACAUCUUGUUAUCCACAGAUAUUGCCCCUAAUAUGUUUUAUAUUGUGCUGAAUAAUGGGGGGACCAUGACUUUUAUGGGCUGUAUUGCUCAGCUUUGUUUCUUUUGUUCCCUAGAAACAUUUGAAUGUCUUCUCCUCGCUGUGAUGUCUUAUGACAGAUAUGUGGCCAUCUGUAAUCCUCUCCGUUACUCUUCUAUCAUGACAAGUGGACAUUGUGUGAUAUCCACCAUCAUCUGCUGCUUAUUUGGGUUUACUAUUGCUUUGUUUUAUGUCAUUACAAUGAUAACGUUAAACUUUUGUGGACCAAAUAUCAUUGAUCAUUUCUUCUGUGACGUUGUCCCCUUACUAGAACUUUCCUGUUCUGACACCUUCAUUGUGCACUUGAUUAUGUUUUUACUAGGCGUUCCAGCUCUCUUUAUUCCAACCACAAUCAUUGUUGUGUCUUACACUUAUAUUAUUUUAUCAAUCCUAAGGAUCCCAUCCAAUACUGGUAGACAGAAAGCCUUCUCCACCUGUAGCUCCCACCUCAUUGUGGUCUCCAUAUUCUAUGGGACUAUAUUCAGUGUUUAUCUUGUCCCAACGAAAGGCCGAACACUGACCAUUAGUAAAGUCCUCUCCCUGCUAUAUACUGUGUUUACUCCUUUGGUCAACCCCAUUAUAUACAGUCUGAGGAAUAAGGACAUUAAGAAAACUGUACAGGAAAUAUGUCAUAAGCGGGUGAUCUGGUAA